CUCGGGCUCAAUGGUUCAAAAGCCUGGCACAUGCGGCUGACCUUUGACCGGGUGCCAGGCGGCUGCAACCUUCACAGGUGCAAGCUGUGCGGCAAGGUCGUGACGCACAUCAGGAACCACUACCACGUCCACUUCCCCGGCAGGUUUGAGUGUCCUCUCUGUCGUGCCACGUACACACGUAGCGACAACCUGCGCACGCACUAUAAAUUCAAACACCCCGAGGCAAGAAAGGUCGAUCUAAACGAUUUCGUGACAGGCACCUUGGCGCUCUCCGCGAUGAGUAAAUAUGAUGAUACCAUGAACACGCUGUCCUAAAACGCGAGAUGGACCGUGCACGCGUCUGUAUAUAUCUUAUACAUAUAUAUAUAUAUAUAUAUUUACACGUACGUACACGCGCCCCAAAAGCAAGAAAACCAGAAAAAAAGUAACAAUGAAUAUAUAUAUUAUACAUAUAAAGAUAUAAGAUUAAUAUAUUUGUGAUACGUUUUUGAAAAGUCGAUUCUAAAGAUCAAAAAAAAAAAAAAAAAAAACAUUAGAAAAUUGAUAUGUAAAAAUUUCAAUCUUGUUUAUUAAGUUAUUAAGCAAUUUAAGUUUACAUUAGACGAAGCUAGGCGAAAAUGGAGUGAAAUCUGUCUCUGUUGCAUCGCUAUCGCUAACUCUGUUCAUCUAACGUAAAUUCAAAUUGCUAUAACUUAAUAAAUAAACUUUUAGAAUUGAUCUUUCAAAGGUGUUUCACGAAUAUAUUAAUACUUUGUGUAUAAUAAGAAAAAAAAAAAAUUAUAAAGAGAGCGCGGGUGGCUGCGCCGACAGGGGGGUAUUGUCGCACUUUUAGAUCAUAAUAAUACGAUACGGCCCUGAUGUCACGGCCACGCAAAGGCCGGUCUCUCUCGGCUUUUUUCUUUUUCGAACACCAAAUCUUUUAUAGGUUCUACGCUUAAGAAAUCGACGGGAUUCUCCUAUCGCAUGGGAGAAGGGGAAGGGGAACUUUUUUUGUAAACACAUGAUGUGUACGACGUUUAGUGUGCGACAUUUUUUGGGGUGGGCUUGUCGUGUUAGUUAGCGAGUAAAAAAAAAGAAAAAAAAAAAAAAAAA